AUGGAGCCAGUGGCCACAAACACUGACCUUGCUUUUUAUUUACCAGCCAACCUCAUUUCCUCCCCAAUCCCAAGUAUAGGCAGAGAUGCAGGGCUAUUUGCAGUGGGGUGUGGAAAAGGUAAGGAGAGUGGGAGAGAGACUUGGGGUUUCUUACCUUUCCCAAACCACGGCCAAAGCGAGGAGGGCUUGAGUCUGGAAAUGUGUGUUACUGGACACCAUUCUUGUUGGAGGGCCAAGUUCACUUGCCACUUGUAUGUGACUUUGUGGAUACCUGGUUGGAGAAGCAGUAAGAUGUUUUACACCCUUUUCCGUAGAAGUAGCCUUAAUGUAAGCAUAUGA